AUGAAUCAAAUAGAAGCAGGGUUAGAACCAAGUACCUCAUCAAAUCUUGGACCAAAAGGAAUUGAACGUUUAGAAACAGAUUUUACCGAAAUUAAACGAAUCACUGAUCCAUCACAAAUUCUUGUUCAAUCAUACAUUGAUGCUAGACAAGAAUACUGUCGUGACAUUUUGGGUGUAAAGACAGGUAAGAGACAUGCUACUGGUGUUACUUUAUAUGCUGAUAGAGCUCUCGCUAAGGGUGAUUCUCUUGGUUUCUUACGUGCUAGAUUACUUGCCAUUCGUGACCAAGACAGAAUUGAAAGAACAAUAACAAAUCUUCACUCUGGUAACACUCUCACUAAGUCUCAAAAGGCUAAACGAAGUGAAAGAUCAGGAAGACGUAGAUACGAAGGUCAAAAGCUUGAUAAUACUAUGAAAGUUUUCAUGUGGGUAAAGAAGUACAGAAACAGAAUUUUGAAAUAA